UAACUAUAGUUUCCUAUAUGGGCUUGACCUCCCUAGUAGGAACAGUCAAUUCCCAAGUACGGACUGUUAGUACAGCUCGAAUUAAGAUGAAAAAGUAUAAAGAAAGUGCUAUCUUAUUAAUGUUAUUUCUAAUAAAUAUUGUGUAUUGUAACAUAUGUUAUAAGUUUUCAAAUCGUGAAGAUCCUUGUAUCAAUUUAUGUGACAAAAUACCACUUCCUUCCACAGACACCAAGUAUAUAACGUCUUGUUGUCAACGAGGCUGUAGAUUUUUCAAUUUAGUGGAGUUGAAUUAUGGACUUGAACCCAAUGGCUUAAAUAUCACUAAGGAUGAUUGUAGAUCUUCAUGUAUAGAAGCAUAUGAAGAACUACCAGAUCGUUAUGCUUGCACCACUGGUUGUGAAAUUAUGGCCAAACAACGUCUCUCCGACUUGUUAUCACUCCUUUCUCUUACUCUUUAUGUAGAGGAAUAUGUAGAUUCUAACACAUUACUAACGUAUCCUGAUAUACCAGAAAAUGAUAUUCUAACAGACCCUGGUAUUCGAAAAGAGCUUCUUCCAAGGUGGUGGGACUCCAAUGGGUUUAAAUUACCUCAAACUUAUAUCAAAACUGUUCCAACGGAUGAUGGGACCAUGGAUUAUGAAACCUCAUCAGAUAAUACAGAAGAAACUGAAUUAACUUCAUCAUGGAUACCAGGAACCAAGUUGUUUCAGUAUGCAAUGAAACGUGGAUUACCAACUAUACGCAUUCUUUUUGUUCUAACAUUUACAGCACUCUUAAUUACAGCAUGUAUGUAUUUACAUGCCAUAGCUUUAAACAAAACAUGUGAUGAUAUAAGAGAAUUUAUUAUUGAUAAAUUCAAAGCAUCAGAUAAGAAUAUAUCAUAUAUCCUAGAUAAAGGACCAUUUCAUAAAAAGUAUAAAUUUGAUGUUAAUGAUAAAUUGAAUAUUAACUUAAAAGUUUAAGUAAUCUUGGAGAUUAUUAAAAUUAAAUAUAUAUAUAUAUUUUAUUCAAAUAUAUAUAUAAUAUAUAUAUAUAAAUAUAUAUAUAUAUAUUUACAAAAGUUUGAAUAAAAUGUAUUUACAUUACAGUUGCCCUUUAUAUACUGGCACUGUUAAAAUGUUUGCUUCUUAUAAGAUGCUAUCCAACGAUCCAUAAGUUAAAUACAAGUUUUAAUAUGAUAUAUAUGUAAAAAUAAGCAAUUAAUUUAAGUCAUUAAUGUUUCAUGCCUUCAACUUUUAUAAGUAACCAAUUCAAAAUUAAUUAUUCCAAGAAAGUAUUAAUUGAGUGCAAUACUAUAGAACACCAUAUAUGUUUAAAGUAUUUCAUGUGUCAUAAAUGUUCUUAUAUAAGUAGUUAUAAUUUUUAUUGUCUUGAAAGAAUUAUUAUGCAAUGUGAUAUUGAUGCUUUUUACAUUUAAUCAAAAUAGUGAAAAUGAUUAAUGUAUGCACGAGAUAGACUGGUUUAAAGACUGUAUAAUUUUUUUACCAAAAGCCAUUAUGGAUAUAUAUAUUAUUUUUAAUAUAAUUUAUAAAGUAAACAACUCUAUAAUAACCAAUAUAACAAUUUUCCAUAAAUCACAUAUUUUAUAGAAUCAAACUAUUCCUUUAUUUUUAUCCAUAGUAAUAAAACAUAAGUAAUUGUAUCUAUGAGUAUAUCUAUUGAUAGAAAUAAUCUAGAUUUAUCAUUUUUAUGGGAUAUUAUCGUGGUCCUAGAUGGAUAAUUUGUUGAUAUUAGCUGUUGACUUUAAACAUUUGUGUGACAUGAGAUUUAUGUAUUUAAAAUAAAGUAUUCAUGAAAAUUGAUGGUUAAUAUAA